AUGAUUGAACUCCUCCUUGAGGUUGCUCUCAGCAUUAUUAUCUGCGUAGUGGCCGCGUACUUCUUCUUUCUUAGCAGCCCCGUCGAGGAGUACGGCGUCGGUGAAGGGAGCAGAUCAUACGAGCAUGGUAGCAAUAUCAGUAACAGCAGAGGUGGCUACAGCAAAUCUUCUGACAACCGGCAUCUGUCUCCAUAUAGUCGCCGGAAUGCAUCAUCACUUGAACGCAGCAAGAAGUGUGAACCAGCCAUGUGGUGUAAUGUGGUGGGUCGCCUAGUUUCCCUUCUUGUUUUGGGCGGCGGCUCAGUGGAUGGCAACGUAUGGGUGGAUCGCAUUGCGUACUUCAUUGGAAAGGGCGUCAAAAGUGUUGACGAGGCGUUCGAUGAGGGGCGUAAAACUCGGGGUGCGCAUGGAAUUACCACGCAGACACUGCGGGUGAAAGCAGAUAUGCUGCGAUUGUUGCGAAUGGAACUAAGCAGCGGCGGGACGUUGAGCACCGCGGGUGGUGCGCAUCACCAACAACAACAAUCGCACAGCACCUCCCCGCAGGUUGGUGGUAUGUUCCAUACGAGGACAAGCAGUGAGCACGCCCGUGGGGUGGGUAUUUUUGGUGAACCACCAGAAGGUGGGGCCGCCGGCGGCACCGUCGCAACUGGAGUGGGAUGCAACAACGGCCCCGCGCCUGCAAACUCUCCGCUCGUUGGUGUGGUGCUACCGCGGGUUGGUCCUGGUGGAAUUACAUCGGUCGAGGUGCCGCUCAGUGCUGUAACCCAAGAGCUGGGUUUUGACGACUGUGGCACCCACGUAGCGGAGUCUGGAAGGCCGAGCAUGCUCCGAUGUUUCGCUGUCCCUAUUACAUACGAAGAUCAUCGCUUUCUUUUACACGUUGUGUGUAACCUGCCUCUACUCGCUGCACUCCCACAGUCACUGAGCAUUCCAUCAGAUGUCCUGACGCUGCGGUGUGGUCUCUCUGUAAAGCGAGUCGUAUUUCACGGUGUACUCUACGCCGCUUUCUGUGGUAAUAGCAUCGAAUUGAGUUUUUCGAGCGAACCUCAGUUCACUGCUUUGUUUGAUGUUGCCCCUCCAAGGCGCCAGGAUCAUCACGAUCGCUACUAUCAGCAGCAAAAUCAGCCGCACUCACACUUAUUACCAACCGAAUGCAACAGCGCGCGUGGUCCAGCGGCAAGCGUCAGCAACGCAUCUUCCCUUCCGCUGCCUCCGUCCACACUUGCUGCUCAUAACUCUUCCCAGCGCUACGGUAGUAAUGUGAACCAAGGUGUUUCUAACGAGGGUCACCGGACAAGAGAGAAAUUGCAAGAAAUCGUCGACGCUGCCGUAAGGAGGGCAAUUCAGUCCAUCACGUACCCCUGUGUUUUACGGGGUCACUUGAAUAAAGGGACGAUGUCAAAGGCGCAGAGUGUCGGUGGGGGUGAGACUGAGCAGUUGUUUGGGGUGCCUAACACUGGCUUAUUGACGUGGACACUGGAGAGGGCAUCUCUGCCUCUCUGUUGCUAA